CCACUGUUAUCAUCUGCACCACUGAUGCCACAGGUCUGGCAGAGGGUUAACAAUAGACCCAGUCGAAGACGAGGGAGAUAACACAGGGGGAUAAGUACUCAUCUCUACCAGCAAGCUACGAGUAUAAUACACCAUGGGUGAAUGGCAGCAUGGCUUGUGUGGAUGUUUUGAUAAUUUCGGUAUCUGUAUCAUCACCUACUUUGUGCCUUGUGUGACGGCGGGAAGGAACGCCGAAGCCGUGGGGGAGAGCUGCUGCCUGUACGGCUUUCUCUCCAUGACGUGCGUGGGACUGUGGUCAAUGACGAUGGUCAGAGGGAAGAUCAGGCAGGCAAAAGGCAUUGAAGGCAGCUGUAUUGGAGAUUGUGUACUGAUCAUGUUCUGCACGCUGUGUACUUUAGUACAGGAGGGCCAGGAAGUGGAAGGUAUGGCUCAGCAAUCUAUUGCACGGGAGUAGGGCCUGUUACCUCUGACGACUCAGCAACAUGCACUUCCGUCCGUCUUCUGACUGCUGAGUAUUUAUGCACGGUCAUGCAUAUUGGAAAGUUGGUCAUACUGACUUUACGAGGAGACCAACAUUCGAACAUUUUGUAAAGCACUUAUAACAUUUACAUUGAAUGUGUACAUUUGCGAAUGUAAAACACGUAAUAUA